AUGAGCGGCUAUGGCUCAUACCAGCCGCCGGGUGGCGGUGGUCCGGGCUCUGGUCGCUACUCUUCCGAUCGCCCCGACCCGCGUUCCGGCCAGGCUGCGCCGCCGCCGCAGCCGCGCCCGACCAUUGCUGAAGUCGCGCGUGAGCUCGAGCGCGUCGGAGCCGCCGCGCGCAAUGGCCGCUACGGAAAGGAGGGCAGGCAGGUGCAAUUGAAUGUCAAUUGCUACCCGACCGAUCUUUCCGACUUGCCCGAUCUCGUCCGCCACUACGACAUCGUCUUCGAGGCCAUCGAGGAAGACCAGAAACCCCUCCCCGUCGGCAUCGCCACCAAGCUCAUUCGAGAUAUUGAGGCCAACUAUGCACACGAUUUUAGAAACUCGAAGAUCGCUCAUGACGGCCGCAAGAAUGCCUACUUGAAUGUCGAUCCGGGCUGGUCCACCAAGACCUUCCAGGCCGAGCGCGAGGGCACCAAGUACAAUGUCAAGUUCAAUAUGGCCAACAUGGUCCCGACCAAGGAUCUCGUCAAAUACAUUAACAAGGAAGACCCCAAGUGCCCACAUGAGGCCGUCGCCUUGCUUGAUACCGUCUUGAGGACGAGCCCAUUGCGCAACUUUGUGUACACGGGAAAGGCCUUCGGAAUCCCGCCGGAUCUCGACACGGUCUCCAGUAUGAGGUUGGGCGAUGGAUGUGAGGCUUGGGUGUGUUACUACCAGGCAUUCCGUCCGCAUGACACAGGUAUGUUCCUUGCCUUUGAUGUCACCUACAGUGCCUUUUACAUCUCCCAGACCGUCUACGAUUUCGCCGCUGAGAUUCUUGGAACCCCGACCGAUCGCGGCGAUACCGACGCCAUGCAGCCCGCGUUUACCACCAAGUUGACCACAGAUCAGACGAGGAGGCUGGAGAAUGCCAUUCGCGGCCUCAAGAUCAUCCAAAACUACCAGCCUGUGCAGGAGCAAAAGCCGCUCACCGUCAAAAGGAUCACUCCAGAGGCUGCAAGUGAGCUAGCGUUCGAAGACCCCAACUCGUCUCGCAGGGUCAGUAUCGCCGACCAUUUCGCCGACAUGGGCCAGGCACUCAACUAUCCCUAUCUACCCUGUCUAGAUAUUCAGAGUGGCAAGACCGGACACACUUACAUCCCGCUCGAGAAGGCCACAUUCAUGACUGGGCAGAGGCGUCAGAAGCAGAUGAACCAAGAAAUGAAGGAGCGCAUGGCCAACAUCGGUGCGAGGAGCCCCUCGGCUCGUCUGGCGCAGAUCGCUAGUGUGCUCGAUGAUGUGAACAAGCAGACCCAGGAGUACCUCCAGGCCUUCGGUGUCAAAGUGAAUAUUGACAGGCUUGCUGUCCCGGCGAGAAUCAUGGACCCCCCGCUCGUUCAGCUUGGAAAGAAUGUCACCAUUGACGUCCGUCAGAACCCCAAUAAUGAAUUCCACUGGACCAUGAAGAACAACACUUUCUAUCAGACGGGCGAGCCGCUUGUAUCAUGGGGCGUCCUUGUCAUCGCGAAUGACAUUGUCAAGUAUGAAGUGCAGCGUUUCAUCGCAUCUGUUCGUCAUGUCUGCGAGCAAGUCGGCAUGAAGACGGAGGCGCCAGAGAUCGGAUGGAGCCACACCCCAAUUCUGCAGAAGGGAAUGAUGGAGCUUCACGGCCGCAUCAAUAGCAAUCCCAAGUACGGUGGCAAGAAGUGUCAGAUCAUCAUGGUCAUCAAGAAUGACACCGCCACGAGGGACUACAACCAGAUCAAGAACGUGGGCGAUACCUACCUUGGUAUUCCCACGCAGUGCGUGGUCAUGGCCAAUGCCAAGAGCCCCAAGGAGCUCUAUUGUCUCAAUCUCGUUCUCAAGAUCAACGCCAAACUGAAUGGAGUCAACCAUCGUAUCCCUGGUGACAACUUCUCGGCCCUCGGAAAGAGUUUCAUGGUAAUUGGAGCCUCCGUGUCGCAUGCCUCUGGGCUUGAAAGCAAGGGUGAUUCUCCUUCUGUCAGUGCCGUUGUCGGUAGUUUGGACAAGCGUUGUGGUAGACAGGUUGGUACUUUCCGUGUGCAAGAUGCCAAGGCCGAAGGUAUUCAGGACUUUGGCGCAAUGGUCCGUGAAGUAGUUCACAACUUCGCUAGUCGUGAAGAAUUCCUUCCGGACAAUAUUCUUAUCUAUCGCAAUGGUGUUGCCGAUGGUCAAUUUGCAAAGGUUCUCAGUGACGAGCUUGGACCUAUCAGAGAUGAGCUCAACAAGCUCGGGCCGACUCUCAAGAUGGGUCCCUACAACCCGAAAAUCAGUUUCAUCGUUAUGCAGCGUGGUCAUCAUGUACGCUUCGAGCCCAUCGAUGAUUCGCUUCGUGAUCUGUCUGGCAAUUGCCUCCCUGGAACCGUUGUGGACUCCCAGGUGGCGCAUCCCACAAACUUUGAUUUCUACCUCUUCAGCCACAACGGUAUUAAGGGUACCUCUCGCCCGAUGCGUUAUACAGUGCUGAUGGAUGACAUCAACUUCACUCCUGAUGAGAUUCAAGGUCUGACCUAUCGUCUUUGCUACCUCUUCGCCAGGAGCACGAGAAGUGUCUCCAUCGUUCCACCAGUUUACUACGCGGAUCUUCUUGCCGUGCGUGGGCGUGCGUACCUAUCUGCGAGGAAUCCCUCUCGUUUUGAAGUGCGCCCGGACCAGCCACAGAUGCCACUUGCGCAAGAUUCUCCUCUUCCGACGGAGUAUGCAACGGGCAUUCCCAAAUUGCACGAAAACUUGGCUGGCACCUUGUACUAUGUGUAG